CACGUCCUUUUGUUUACAAUUCAAUCACGCGUUUUGUUGUUCCGUACGCGAAAGCCGCGACUCGCGAGUGCAUUUCGGCGGAAAUAGAAAUAAUUUUCAUUACAUUAAUGAUGGAUUAUUUCGCAUAUUUGAUCGCGAAUAAAGCUACCGCUGCGAAAACAGUUAAAAUUCGAAAGACCUACAUCAACGAGGACCCUAGCCAGGAAGAAACGGCACCCUGCCCCAGUUGUAUGGAGCGGAAUCAAUCAAGCAGCGUGCGGUACAUGUAUGUGAACCUGCAGGAAGCAAUCUACAAAUGUGAGUCACCGAGCUGCAUGUACCCAUUCCAGAAUUUCAAGUUCAAAAACUACACCGACAACACAGUUUAUUCCUACACAUCGGCUGAAGAAACGCUUUCUGCCACCCCUGAGGCAUUGGUUGAUUUUGGGCAAUCGUUCACAAACGUUGAACCAUCAUCGCCUGGAAGGUGUAAAACUGAAGAUCCUGCGCCUGGCUCAGCCAUGAACGACAGUGCGACCAUUGAUUUUAGCUUCAGUUUCUUUUCGCCGGAUCGAAGUCCAAAGAACAAUUCGAUCUCGAAAAUAGGCCACAACACGUCGCUAAACAUUUUCGGCAGUCCUUCACUCAGCUACAAAAAUCUGGUCCAGGAAUUUGAUACCGGAUUUAUUGAUGAUAUUCUACAAGACCUGAAUCAGUCGACGUCGCAAGAGCAGCCAAAGCCGGUCUUGGUAAGCCCUGUCCGCAGCGUAGUGGAAUCCAAGGCUUGCACGGCCGGUCGGCAACUUAAGCGAUGCCUGCAAAUGUUAGAAGAUAAUACUGCUUCCAGCAGCGAAGCCACAUUCAAAGUUCCUCCCUUACCGGGCACGGAAGUACCUAGCCCGCCAAAAAUUAAACCAAAGAAACAUUCUCCUCUGCGCCGAUCAAAGCAUAAUAAGAGGACGUAUAUUUCCAGCGGUAGUUUAUCGUUGGAAAAGAUGGCCAAAAAACGAUCCCUGAAACCGCUGGAGUUCAUUGAAACGGUUAACAGUCUUCAACCGAAGAAAGCCACACCCGCCGAGUCCAACUUGCCAGGGGUGAAACCAUUGAAGAACCGAAGGGUGGAAAACAUGCUGAACUUUAUCGAACGAAGUCUGAAAAACCGUCAGCCGAAACCACUCGAAACCGUUCCUCCAUCCCCUCCAAAACAAUCCGCCGCUAAACGUUCGCCAGAAUCACACAGGAAAUCCAAUAAACACUACAAACGGAUGUCUCUCUCGGCAGCCGUCCUCCACGACAGCCAGUUCGAGUACAGCACAUCGGAAUCGGAACAGGAAGAUGUUCCGCCGCCGCCACCGCCGUCAAAAAUUCGCAUUCCAUCUCCGCUUAAAUUGGAAGAUUUCAAUGGCGAUACCAGCUUGGAGUCGUUUGCCUCAUCCCCGGAGCACUCCAGCCAAUCGUCGUUGCCCUCGUUCGAAGAUCUGCUCUCGCACAUUCAUCCCGAUGCUGAACCGAAACGGUCAAUCAUCUCGCCGGUGGGUUUCCGCUCGGCUGGAUGUUCGCCGACACGGGAGCCGCAGUGGGCACAAACGCCGCCCCGACGAAUUCACAGCAUGGAAUCGCUGUGCGGAUUGUUGGAAUAAACGAAUGACGAAGAA